AUGAUCAACUGCCUCAUUUGCCUGAAAGGUUUCCUGGGACACCAGAUGUUCAGGUCUAACACCAGCUCAGGGCCAAAGCCAAUCGGUAAGGAUGGAAAUAGCAGCACCUUCAACAUCUCCUACACCAACUUCUUCCUGGGGGGCUUCCCUGGAUUGCGAGAGUGGAGGCGCCUCCUGGUCCUGCCUCUUACUUUUGCCUAUGUGACCAUCGUCUCUGCCAAUGCCCUCAUCGUCCACACGGUGGCGGCCCAGCAGAGCCUGCAUCAGCCCAUGUACAUGCUCAUUGCCCUGAUCCUGGCUGUCAACCUUUGUGCUGCUACAGCGGUGAUACCCAAAACGCUGGAGGGCUUUGAGCAUUAUGUUAACCCCAUAUCACUGCAUGGCUGCCUGGCCCAGAUGUUUUUCAUCUACUUCACUCUCCUUCUGGACUACAACCUCCUGCUGGCCAUGGCCCUAGACUGCUUGGUGGCCAUCUGCCACCCACACUGCUAUAGUGACCUGAUGACCUCCCAUCUGCUAGGCGUGCUGGCCUUUUUUGCCCUGACACGGAGCCUGGGAGUGGCACUGCCCUUGGUAGUGCUAACCUCACAAGCUUGAUUCUGCCAGACAGCAGUGAUCUGACACUUUACCUGUGAGUACAUAGCACUGCUGAGCAUAGCUUGUGGAGACUUGACCUUCAACAACCGGUUGGGGCUGGCCAUGCGGUUGGUCACUGUGACCUUUGAUCUAGCCCUGCUGGGGACCUCCUACACUGGCAUCAUCUAUGCUGCCUUCUGGAUAUCUCCUGGGGGAGCCCGAACCAAGGCCUUGCACACGUGUGGCUCCCACCUAUUGGUCAUCCUCACCAUCUACCUCUCUAGUCUCUCCACUUCCAUCGUUUUCCGAGUAGCCAAGACUGAGUCUCAGGAUGUCCAGAACCUGCUCAGUGCCAUCUAUCUGCUGCUCCCAGGAGCCUUGAAUCCUGUCAUUUAGGGGGUGAGGAUCAGAGAGAUCAGGCAACAUGUAGAAAAGAUGCUCUGUGGAAAGGAAUUAGCCCAGGAGGUUAGGGAGAAGCCAGAGAGGCUGCAAAAUAUGAGAGUGAAGGAGAAAUUGCCAGGGUGA